AUGGGGAUUUUACGAUUGCACGAGACUGAGAAUGCGGAUAUUGAUGAGUUCCGCCGUAUGCUACUGUCUUGCGCUGCCGGACACCGGAGAAAGGACGGUGACGAUUUGAGAGACAGAGAUCCUGUGAUCUCCGGAGCUGGAAACAACGACGCACUGGAGAAGUUAGUGUGUGUCACCAGCGGCGUUUCGUACCUCGGUAUCGCUGUUGUGAACCAGCUCCUCGUCCAUGGUUACUCCGUGCGGAUCAUUGUUGAUAAUGAAGAAGAUGUGGAGAAGCUGAGGGAGAUGGAAAUAUCUGGCGAAAUGAGACUUACCAAUAGUAUUAUUGAAAUAGUCAUGUCUAAGCUGAAUGAAAUUGAAAGCCUGGCCAAUGCAAUUGAUGGUUGCCGUGGCGUGUUUCACACUGCUGGAUUUAUCGACCCUGCCGGGUUAUCUGGCUAUUCGAAAGCUAUGGCUGAGAUUGAAGUGAAUGCAAGUAAAAAUGUUGUAAAGGCGUGUGGGGUUACACCUUCAGUUAGACAUUGCGUACUCACAUCCUCACUUUUGACCUGUAUUUGGCGAGAUCAUUCUUGUGAUGAACUCCCUUUUCUAAUUGAUCAUAGCUGCUGGAGCGAUGAAUCCGUCUGCCUAAACAAAAAGCUCUGGUAUGCUUUGGGGAAAUUGAAGGCAGAACAAUCUGCUUGGGAAGUUGCCAGGGAGAGCGGUGUUAAACUUGCGACCAUUUGUCCCGGGCUUAUCACCGGGCCAGAUUUCUACCGUCGUAGUCCAACAUCUACAAUUGCUUAUCUCAAAGGUGUUCAAGAAAUGUACGCGCAUGGCUUGCUAGCAACCGUCGACGUAAAUAGAUUAGCAGAGGCACAUGUAUGUGUAUUCGAGGGGAUGAAAAAGACAGCAUCCGGGAGGUACAUUUGCUUUGAUAGACUAAUAGAAAGUCGAGAUGAUAUUGAAAAUUUGGCUAGAGAGACGGGCAUAAACACAAGCACAAUAAUCGGUGGCACGUCAAGUAGCAACAGGGCUCGGUUUGAAUUGUCGAACCAGAAGCUUUUUCGAUUGAUGUCAAGAACGUGGAGAUGUUUUAAUGAGUAA